AGCACCGCUGUGUUUAUAUUCGGCAUCGAUGUGAAAGUGCUUUGUGGUAGGCAAUGUAUUGCGUGGUUCUCAUCUUGAUUGUAACUAUUAUGGGCGUUGCGUGCAAUCAAUUUCCAGUGCCUAAUAUUACGCAAGAAGCAAACAGAACUUAUUGGAGCAAUUUAGCAAAGCUAGAAAUCGAGAAAAACUUGAAGAUGCAUGUAUACAGGAAUCGCGCAAAAUACGUUGUGCUUUUCCUGGGAGAUGGCAUGGGCGUCAGCACGGUUACAGCUGCUAGGAUCUACAAGGGCCAAAUCCUGAAGAACCACAGUGGCGAAGAGACUGUUCUUUCUUGGGAGAAAUUUCCAUAUGUGUCCUUAUCCAAGACAUACGGACUAGACACACAAACAUCUGACUCGGCCAACUCAGCUACAGCGUAUCUUUGUGGAGUCAAGGCCAAUAUUGGUACAGUUGGAGUGGACUCCACUGUAAAGGGUGGACAGUGUCACAAUGAUACGACAGCGUACGUGGACAGCAUUAUGAAGUGGGCUCAGGAGGCCGGCAUGUGGACGGGCAUUGUGACCACGUCUACAGUCACCGAUGCCUCCCCAGCUGCUGCCUACGCCCACUCUGGCUACCGCGAGUGGCAGCAUUAUGUCCCGAAAGGGUGCAAUGCAUCGGAUAUCGCUAAGCAACUGAUCUACGACUCGCCUGGCAAUGGAAUGAGGACACCUGUACCUUUUAACGAUACACUGGCCUGA